AUGAAUAAAAGACUUUCCUUUGUUAACUUCCCUAUACCAUUUGACCAUCCAUAUAUCAUUCCAACCUUAGUAGCUACAGUGGGUGCUUCAGCUUUAUUAUAUUAUUCUUUACAAGCAUCUCAUAAUUACGACUUGAAAGAAGCCAUCCGACAACAGGUUAUCCAUAAGAGAAAGCAUCUUGUACGAAAAGAAGAUAAAUUUGCAAGUCUAAAAUUUGAAAAGCAAUUUAUUAAUCCUUUUAAAGAAUGGAAAGAACCUUGCAUUUCUUGGUUUGAUUAUAUUAUUUAUUAUCUUGGUAUUAAUAAUAAUAAUCAACUACCCAAAAUAGAGCAGGAAUUAUGUGAUUCUUUACCUAUAGUAAAACCUUCUCUAGACCAAAUUAAGAAUUCAAAUAAUAGAAUGAGUUUUACUUGGUUUGGUCAGUCUACUUGUCUUUUUAGCUUAGAAGGUCUAAAUAUAUUAACAGAUCCUAUUUUUAAUCAUAAAAAAAGAUUAAGACCUCCUCCAUGUCAAAUCGAAGAAAUUAAAGAUCUGAUAGACAUUGUUUUAGUAUCUCAUCAUCAUUUUGAUCAUUUAGAUGAAAAUGUCGUCCUCAAACUUGGAAAUGAUGUAACAUGGUACGUUCCAUUAGGACUAAGAAAGUGGUUUGUUAAUAGAGGUAUUGAAAAUGUAAUCGAAUUAGAUUGGUGGCAAGAAAUACAGUAUAAAGAUAGAUCUGAUAUAUUGAUUGCUUGUGUACCAGCUAUGCAUGAAAGUAAAUCUUCUCUAUUUGAAAAAAAUCAAUCUUUAUGUGGGGACACAGGUUAUGUACCCGAGUUAUUCCAAUCUAUUAGAGACCUUUAUUCUCCUUUUACUUUGGCAGUAUUACCGAUUGGCACAUUUGAACCUCAAAGUAUGUAUCAGUCACUCCAUAUGAGUCCUAAAGAAGCAAUUAAAGCUCAUAGUGAUUUAGACUUCCCCAGAAUAUCGAUUGGUAUUCAUUGGGGUACGUUCAUGACAUCAAAUGAGCCUUAUUUAUCACCAAUACAGCAAUUAGCUAAACUAUAUAACAAGGAGACAUUAGGAAAUGAUCGAGAAGAAAGUCAGUUUAUAACGACAGCAUUUGGAGAAACUAAAUGGCUGUGA